UUGUAAGCAGAAUUUGUGCAACGAAAAAUUUACCGCAUUUGUUUGAUUUUUGUUUUAAAUCAACCAGUUUGAGUGAAAAACUCAAAAGACAUUGUACAACAGACAACCAGUUGUGGUUUUCAAAUAAUUCACCUGCUUUAAACUUGCUUCACUAAGCGUAACGUAACAAAAUCUCACCAUGGACACUUAUUUGUUCGAUGGAGGUCGCAUUACCAAAAUGGAGGUGGACUACGAGCCAGCAUGUAAUGAAAAAAUUCCUCUUGCAAAGGAGCUGGCCAAAAAGAAUCCAGACGCUUUUCACGAAGCCAUUGAAAUGAUGUUGCAGCUGGAAAAACAAACACGUCUGGGAGCCGACAUGGUCUCCUGCUCGCGUGUGUUGGUCGCUAUUUGCCAGCUGUGCCUUGAGGCAGGCAACUGGAAUGCCUUAAACGAGUAUGUGUCUUUGUUGGUGCGUCGUCGCUCGCAGCUAAAGCAGGCGGUAGUGAAAAUGAUACAGGAAUGCUACACAUAUGUAGACAAAACACCUGAUAAGGAGACAAAGCUAAAGCUCAUCGAUACAUUGCGCUCUGUGACCGAGGGUAAAAUCUAUGUUGAAAUCGAACGCGCACGUCUGACUAAAAUUCUAGCCGACAUCAAAGAAGCUGAUAAUGAUAUUGCUGGUGCUGCAGCUGUCAUGGAGGAAUUACAGGUGGAGACUUAUGGCUCUAUGGAUAAGCGUGAAAAAGUUGAGCUUAUAUUGGAGCAAAUGCGCUUGUGUCUGUUAAAGGAAGACUAUGUGUCGACGCAGAUUAUUGCCAAAAAGAUAAGCAUCAAGUUCUUUGAUGAUCCAGCACAGCAUGAUCUAAAGCUAAAGUUCUACAAUCUGAUGAUUCACCUUAAUCGCGAUCAAUCUUUUCUUAACACAUCGCGUCAUUAUCAAGCUAUUGCUGAGCCUCCGCGUAAAAAGGCACCUGCUGCUGUAGCAGAAACCAGCAGCGAUGACAAAAAGAAAAGUGAGGAAAAGAAGAAAAAGGAUGAGGAUGAGAAAAAGGCAGAGGCAGUUGCUGUUCCAGAGCCUGAAAUUGAGCUUACUGAUGCGCAGAAAAAGGAGCUAACAGACAAACUAGUGUGCGCUGUUGUCUAUUGCGUUCUGGCACCCUAUGACAACGAACAGAGUGAUAUGAUGGCACAUCUGUCAAAGAACAAGAAACUAGAAGACGUUCCUGUUUACAAGGAAAUACUGCGUCUAUUUAUGUCAAAGGAGCUUAUUAAUUUUGAAUCAUUCAAUGCGGACUUUGGCAUGGUUCUGGCCGAAAAUGAGAUGUUUAAGGACAGCACUAAGCAUGGCAAGAAAUGCGUAACUGAACUUAAAGAUCGUCUAAUAGAGCACAAUAUUCGCAUAAUUGCAAUGUAUUAUUCGCGUCUGCAUCUAUCGCGCAUGAGUGAGCUGCUGAAUCUGCCCACAAGCCGUUGUGAGGAAUAUCUAUCUAAGUUGGCAAACAGCGACACAAUACGUGUGAAGAUUGAUCGACCAGCUGGGAUUAUAUAUUUUACCACUAAAAAGAGUGCAUCCGAUAUACUUAACAAUUGGGCAACGGACGUCAAUCAGCUUAUGUCAUUGGUCAACAAGACAUGUCAUUUAAUCAACAAGGAGGAAUGCGUUUACUCAGUUAUGUGUGCUGUCGAGGAUUAGCUGCAUUUAGUUUUUAUUAUUGUGUUUUCGAUUUUGAAACGCCUGCCCUUACACAUAUAUAUACAUUUACUGUAAUACUACUAAUCAACAACAAGA